AUGGAUAGGAAUGACUAUUAUGGAGGAGAGUCAACUUCGCUCAAUCUCAUUCAGCUUUGGAAGAGGUUUAGAGGAAGUGAUAAGCCUCCAGCUCAUUUGGGAUCUAGCAGGGAUUAUAAUGUGGACAUGAUCCCAAAGUUUAUCAUGGCAAAUGGUGCUCUUGUACGAGUCCUCAUACACACUGAUGUUACAAAAUAUCUGUACUUUAAAGCCGUGGAUGGAAGCUAUGUUUAUAACAAAGGAAGGGUUCACAAGGUGCCAGCAACUGACAUCGAAGCUCUCAAAUCUCCUCUCAUGGGCAUUUUCGAAAAGCGCCGUGCUCGGAAAUUCUUCAUAUAUGUCCAAGAUUAUGAUGAAAAUGAUCCAAAAACACAUGAAGGGAUGGAUUUGACAAGAGUGACAACUAGAGAUCUUAUUGCGAAAUAUGGUCUUGAUGACAACACUGUGGACUUUAUUGGUCAUGCAUUGGCCCUCCACCGAGAUGAUUGCUACUUACAUGAACCCGCAUUGGAUACUGUGAAGAGAAUGAAGCUCUAUGCGGAGUCUCUUGCACGUUUUCAAGGAGGAUCACCUUAUAUUUACCCUUUGUAUGGACUAGGAGAACUCCCUCAGGCUUUUGCUCGGCUCAGUGCUGUAUAUGGUGGGACGUACAUGCUGAAUAAACCUGAGUGCAAGGUGGAGUUUAAUGAGGAAGGCAAGGUUCUUGGUGUCACAUCAGAAGGUGAAACUGCUCAGUGCAAGAAAGUUGUAUGUGAUCCUUCCUACUUGCCCAACAAGGUUAGGAAAGUUGGAAGGGUUGCAAGGGCAAUUUGCAUUAUGAGCCACCCAAUCCCAAAUACCAAUGAUUCUCACUCAGUGCAGGUUAUUCUACCACAAAAGCAAUUGGGUCGCAAAUCAGAUAUGUAUCUUUUUUGUAGUUCUUACUCGCACAAUGUUGCCCCAAAGGGGAAGUUUAUUGCAUUCGUCUCGACAGAGGCAGAGACUGAUCAGCCUGAGAUUGAACUAAAGCCUGGAAUUGAGCUUCUAGGGCAAGUGGAGGAGAUAUUCUUUGAUGUUUAUGACAGAUAUGAACCAGUCAAUGAGCCCUCUCUGGACAAUUGUUUCAUAUCGACUAGCUAUGAUGCCACCACUCACUUUGAGUCAACCGUUGUGGAUGUGCUCAACAUGUACACCAUGAUUACUGGAAAGGUAUGAUAAAAACUUUACUACAAAAUUCCUUUCAUAUUGAUUUGUUGCCCUUGACAAAAAAAUUUGCAUUGAACAAACUUUGGAUUAUGACAAUUGUGGUGCUGUUAUGAUAAAUAAAUAAAAUUACCACAGCGCAAUUGCACUAGAAAAGGAUUAAUCACCAUAUUAGGGGGUUAGUUCGAUGUUAUAGCCACUGGUGUGUAGGUACUAUCUUUGUCAACAAUUUUAUGAAAUGCUGCUGCAUUUCAACCUAGGAAUCAGGUAUGCACCAGUUCAACAAUUUUAUCAGGUAUGCACCAUUUCAACCUAGAAAAACUCCUCGACAUUGGCACCAUAGUUCCAAUGUUGGUUCUGGAUAGUACAUUUCAGAGAUUUCUUAAGCAGCAACAUAGAAGUUGCUAUUGGUUGGAUCUACUAUGAUCUGUGCAAUGAUUAUUUUUGUGACCUGUUUUCUUCUAUUUGUUAUUUGAUCUGUAUUAUUCUGUUCAGGAGUGUCUAUGGAAUGGGUCAUGUGACACAUGAUGUUCCUUAUUUGAUGAUACAACUCCAUAUUGAACUUGCAGAAAUUUCAUGCUUGGUAGAAAUUUUAUGCUAGGUUCUGGACCUCAACGUUGAUUUAAGUGCUGCCAGUGCUGCUGAAGAAUGAGAAAACCUUUGGUUUCUGC